AUGGAGCUGAUAUUAUUAUUCUUCUUUCUGAUGGCACUGUUGGUAUCUCUCUCCUCUUCAAGUUCCAUAUCGGAUGGUGUGUUUGAAUCACAAACCUCGGUUAGUGGAAGGAACCUUCGUCAUGCCAAGAAAAAAUGUGAAGUGAACUUUGAGUAUAUGGACUACAAGGUCUUGACAAAGAGGUGCAAAGGUCCAGCGUUUCCAGCCAAAGAAUGUUGCUCUGCUUUUAAAGAAUUUGCAUGUCCUUACGUGAGUCAGAUCAACGACAUGAAUAGUGAUUGUGCACAGACAAUGUUCAGCUACAUGAAUAUUUAUGGAAACUACCCUACUGGCCUUUUCGCUAACGAGUGCAGAGAAAGGAAAGAUGGGCUUGUUUGCCCUUUACCACCUCUCUAUUCACAUAACCUAAACGCCUCAACUGCUGAUUCGACUCCUCGUUUUAUCUCGCUGUUGAUCUCUGCUGCAACCGCUGUUUUUGCUUUGUUAGUGUUGACUUGAUCAAUCAAAGGAAAUUGAAA